UUGAUUUGUGUGAGACUUGUGUUAGUUUCUCACCGCCCAUUCUUUGAAAAUGGGCUCUCUCUCAUGUAAACCUUUUUGAGAUCCUUGGGCAUCGUUCGUUCUCCAGUUCCUCAUGCUCAGAGAAUGGAUGGCUUGUUCUCUCCUGCAGAUGAGAAACCCGGUCCUCCCUCCCCAGACCAAAAUCUUUUCACUCCACCCCACUCUGCCGGGGAUGCAACCUCUGGUAUCUCAAGUUCCGAGAGGAGGCAGUACAAUAAAGCUCUGAAAGCUAUGUAUGAAAUUGUGCGUUUGGGCUCCAAACAACUGGAGCGUUCAUUAGCUGAGGGUGGGGAUGUGGUACCUGAGACUGUGACGGAAACUUCUGAAACUGAAGAUGAUGUGGAUGACAAUGAAGAUUAUUCAUCAGCUCACAUGAAGUCUCCAAGUUCUAAUGCAAGACAAAGACUAACGUCGACAUCAUAUGAUAAAGAUGUACAGCAUCAUUUAGAGACAGAAAAUGCGAGGAGGGUUCACAGAGAACUGAACAAGAUUAACUUAAUGCUGCAGAAAGAAAGUGAAGCUCUCCAUAAGCGUGAAGUUCAGUUGCGUGAAAGGGAGAGGGCCUUACGAGAUGCAGAAAAACUCAGCCACACAACUGACAUUAUUAUUGACAAAGUGGUGACUCAGGAAGUAGAGAAUCGCUGCCAAGCUAUAGUUGAGGAAUAUGAACAAAAGCUUGGGGAGCUUGAAGAAAUUAUCCACAAGAAAACAAAGGAACUCAAGAGGAUUAAAGAGUCAUUUGAUACAAUAAAAAGUGCAAAUGACUCACUAAAGAAACAGAUUUCUGACCUCGAAAUACAAAACAAAAAGCUUGAGACACAAGCUCUGAGUGUCCAACACAGACUGGCAAAUCUGGAGAGAAAGAAUGAAUUUUUGCAGAGGAAUUCUAAGCCAGAGGAUAGAGAGAUGGAAAAAGAAAGAAAUAACAAACUUACUUUGCAUGGAAAAAAUGAGACAGUGACCAAGUCAGUGUCUUUUUCUCAAAACAAGGUUAAUUUUUCUGGUAUAUUUGAAGUGCUGGCUGUAUUGUUGGAUUGGACUUCAGAAGUUCAUCUUCAGAAGAUGCCAACUUUUCAGGACUCACCCCAAGGAAGGCUACAAGAACAGCAACUGGACUUUCCAUCGUCUCUGGUUCAUGAAAAAUGUUUGAAAAUUUUACCUGGCAUGUCUGACAUUCUUAGUAUGCUGCCAAGUGUUAAUCCACGUCUACAACAGCCCUGCUUACAGUUCACCUACUGGAGUGUUGUGUACAUGGAGCAGACAGUGCAAGGCUCGCAGAGAACAGCAUUGGCGUCCACACUGCGGCACAUUGGCGAAGAACUUUACAAACCUCAGGUGUCAAAAAUUUCAGAGGAAGGAGUUGGUUUGAAAAGCGAUAAGCAGAAAGUUGACAUUUACUUUCAUAGCCCAAAUAUUGCUGUCAGAAUUCUUUCGUCUCUUACCAUCCUCAAGACACUCGCUAGAGGGCAAGCAGAUGUUUCUAACUUACGAGGGAGUCUACGUGGUGCUAUCAUAUAUGAAACCUGUACAUAAGGCUCUCCUCGGAAGUGCUGUCGAUGUGAUGCUUCUUUUGUCUGUUGAUUCACCAUUUACCGCGGUGUUUCUGGAUAGCUGUUCAAACGAGCUCUGGUUUAGGACGGCCUUGAAUCUGCUGCAACACAAGGGACUAGAUCCUAAAAUACUGGAAAAGUUGAGCAUUGUUCUUCAAAGACUCUCGAAAAUCAAGUCUAAUCGCCGAUACUUCGAAGCCUUCCAGAUAUCCGCCAUUGUGCAAGAAAUGUUACGAACUUGUGAUCCACAGAAUGCCUUCUUAGCGCUGAAUCUGCGAUCUAUUAUGUUUAACCUUGGUAAAGGAAAGGGGUAAUUUUGGCUUCAAAACUACAACACCACUGGACAAGGGGAAUGCAGUGGCGGAUCUAGGGAAUGGCCCGUCCCUCCUCCCCCUUAUUUUGGAUAAAAAAAAUAAACUCUUUUGGAAAAGAAGCCGGCAAGUAUACAAGCACAAAAAUACCGGACCCUCUCCCCCUCUCCCUCUCCCCCUCCCCCUCCCCCCCCUUUGCUCAAGGUCUGGACCCGCCACUGGAAUUUUAUUGGGCUGGUAUUCACGAACAACGACGGUAUGAGGUCGGGUGAUCGGCUAUGGACUCUCGAACUCUCAAGACCGAAGUAGAAAUUCUCCCCUUUAGCUGCAGUACUCUUUCAGGUAAAUAAGUGGAGAGAAUUGGGUAUUGAAUCUAAAUAGCAUCCUGUAGCUGAAAGGUCAGUCUAUUCUCCUCAUCUGGCACUGGAUGAAACUAGAUUACAAUUGUUUACCUUUCAACUGUAAGUGUUCUCAUUACUUGUUCGCUGGUUAAUGUAUGGCUAUUGUAGCGAGAAGUUGCAAGUUAAUCACUUUUGGAUUGGAAAGAAAACGUUGUCCAAAGUGUGCGUGAUAGAGACAAGCUAUGCAUGUAUGAAGUGUACAUCACAAGUAGAUAAUUUUUUAUUAGAUGAUUUAGAUACGUAAAAUUGGUUAGCGCCUCUUAUUUUCUCAUUAAUAGGGAAUAAAGAAUUUCUUUUUUUUUUUUUUGUUUUUGGUAAAAAGCUGUAUCUCUUUCUCUUUUCUCUGAUAUGUUGUGGGUUGAGGGAGUGUCCGUAUUGAAGUUUGCAUGUCAAUCUUCCCGUUCUGAGGUCGAUCAUGAGAUAGAAACCUCUUUUUCGUAUUUCAUCAAUUUCAUAAUCCAAACAUUACCAAUCCAGUAAUCCAAACAUUUGGUUUUGUUUUAUCAUGUCUACAAAAGAUAAAAACUCGCUGAGCCUCGCUUACAAUAAUGAAUUCAAUCGAAUGAUAGUUUCGUUUGGCCACUUCUUUGAUGAACAUUUGAUCGUUUAAUGUAACCUGCGGGAGUUUGUUGAACUGUUUGUUUUCUAGGAAACACGAAUUUGGCCAUGAGCUACACAUCCCUAAAUUAGAUGAUGCCCGAAAUUGCUCGAGGCCUCAUCGGACUUUAAGCUCAAAAUAGACGGCGCCAUAAACUAGUCGGCGUCUAAAAGUAAUUGGUGUCUACAGUGAAACUCAACCCUGAAUUGGGUGACACCUUUAAAUUCGACAUCGCCAUAAAGCUGAUUGCUUUAAAAAUUGGGGGAGGCAUCACUGAUAAUUGUACGGCGCCCAUACCUAGAGGAUAGCACCCAAAAUAAAGAAGUGCUUAAAAUUGGGUGGUGUCUAAUUCUUACAGGAUUAUU